GCCAACCGCCCCCAUGCAAUUGGCCAGGCCAGCCCCACUCUUCCCUAUAUCCCCCCUCCCCUCCUCCUGGUGCGUUUGAUCCCCGGGGGACUUGGAGCCUCAGCAUUCCUCUCAUUCCUCCCUCGCAACAAUCAGCCUGUGAGCCUUUAUGAGCCACACUCACUCAGUCUGCUCACAGGCGCGCUCACACUCGACACGCGCGCGUGGACUUCAUUCGCGCACCCCACGAGCUUUUCCGGGGGCUUCUUUUUUGUGGGAGUUUGAAGUGUUCUUCUUUGUGGGAUGAGAUGAAGAUUUGGUGUGUUUUCCUUCAGAGUCUUUGUGAUCAGUGCUGUCCCUCAAGUCCCACCACCCAGGCCGCCUCACCUUCCUGGACAUGAGAACCGCCGAGGCCGCCCCCGGGACGGUCCUGCACCGCCUCAUCCAGGAGCAGCUUCGCUUCGGGAAUCUGACCGACACCCGGUCCCUCCUUGCCAUCCAGCAGCAGGCCCUGCGAGGUAGCGGCGGCGGUAGCGGGAGUCCACGUUCUUCCCAGGAGAGCCUGACCCAAGACGAGUGCCAGUACAUGCACGUGUCCACACGGCAGGACCCUCAAGGCCAGGAAUACCAGGGAAGCUGCGUUCAUCCAGAAAACCCCUCGAGGAUUUCCUCCCACGGGGAGGAGCUGCCCACCUACGAGGAGGCCAAAGUGCACUCGCAGUACCUGAAAGGGGAGCCGGACUCCGCUGUGGACGUGCACUGGGAUGCCAAGCGGGAGCACGCCCGCUCCCUCAGCGAGCGCCUGAUGCGGCUCACCCUGGAAGGGGGCGCGCCACUCGGAAACAUCCCGGCCGUGAGUUCCUCGCAGAGUUUUCCGCAGUUGUACAACGCCGCCGCUCCAAGUCAAGGGGACCCGCGAGGGCCGCCGCCGGCGUACCCGCCCCGGGAGCGGGAGAUGUACUUCCGAGAACCUACGCUGCCGCCGUUCUAUUCUCAGCACAGGAACGGCAGCGUUCCCGCAAGGGCGACGUCCGGGGACGAGGGCGACACCCUGAGGUGGGAGAACUGGAGACUGAGGCGGGAAGUGGACAUCUACGCAGAGAAGGCCGCACGCCUGCACAAGCUGGAGAACGAGAUCGCCAGGAUCUCGGAGGAAUACGAGACUCUGAUGAAAGGCUCGGCCAAACGUGAAGCGCUGGAGAAGACCAUGAGGAAUAAACUGGAGGCCCAGAUAAAAAGGAUGCACGACUUCAACCGGGAUCUCAAAGAACAAGUGUGCGCGGCCGCCAAGCAGAGAGCGGACAAGGAAGCGGAGUGCUCGGAACAAAAGCAGCACGUCUUCCUCAAGCUACUCGAACAAAAUGAGGAGCAGCAGCGCGAGCGCGAGCGCCUGGAGAGAUCCAUCCAGAACCUGCGGGUGUCGGCCGAGGAGAGCCAGCGUGGGCGCGAGCUCCUGGAGAAGGCUCUGCUCUCGGCGCACGCCCGCAACCGGCAACUGGAGGACGAGCUCCACAGGAAGCGCGCCUACGUGGAGAAGGUGGAACGCCUCCAGAGCUCACUGGGCCAGCUGCAGGCAGCGUGCGAGAAGCGAGAAGAGCUGGAGAUGCGACUGCGCACCCGCCUCGAGCAGGAACUCAAAAGCCUGCGGGUGCAACAGAACCAGAGCUCGGGACCGCCGGCUUUCGAGCUGAGCUCCUCGCUGUCGCAGCAGCAGCAGUUGCGGGAACGCGAGGAACGUAUCCUGGCCUUGGAAGCAGACAUCACCAAAUGGGAACAAAAGUAUCUCGAGGAGAGCACCAUGAGACAGUUUGCCAUGGAUGCCGCCGCCACGGCAGCGGCGCAGAGAGAUACCACCAUCAUCAACAACUCGCCUCGGCAUUCGCCCGACAGCAGUUUUAACGAGGACCUGCCUCUGACCAAUCACAGACAUCAGGAGAUGGAGAACAGGAUCCGAGCCCUUCACGCACAGCUCCUGGAGAAGGAUGCCAUGAUUAAAGUCCUCCAGCAACGCUCCAGGUGGGAGCAGAGCAAAGUGGAGAAACAAGGUCUUCGGCUGGCCAGGUCCGUCCCGUCCAUCACCACGGCGACCGGCAGCACCGAGACUAAAGGAAAGAGCCUCUCGGAUGACCAGACAGGUGGUGCCGCGCUGCGACGCAAGAGUGCCAGCCGGGACUCCAGCACCCAAUGUGACCAACUCGAGGCGAAGCCAUCCAAGGACUUGGCGGUACCCGCUUCUGACACUUCAGAGGAAACCGAGCUGGGAGGAGUCCAACCCUCGGAGAGCGUCAACAACACAAUUGACUCAGACAUGGUGGAGAUCCUCAUUUAAGGGGUGCCCAGACAUGUUGGUGUAUCUUAUUUAUUUCCCCAUCUGUCAUCGCUGCUCGUUUCAAUCGUGUUGCCCUUUAAGCUAAAUGAUGUCUUUGUCUAAUUUAAAAUCACGGGAGUGAUUCUCGAUGUUCUUGGUGGUGGCAUCCGGUGUGUUUGAGGGUUGUCCUGUGUGACAGGACAAUGUACGUAUAUUUAACUUUAUUUAUCUUUGCGGAUGAAGCGUUUACAAACCUCUGAAUGCGGAGAACGGCUUUCGAAGAUCCAGAUCGAAACAACGUACGCAGUCGUCGUGUUUGUCGCCAUCUUGUCUGCGUCGUACGUGGACUUUCCAAAUGUAUAGUAGCACUUCCGAUGUAUUUUCGCACGACGCUGGUCCGUACUGUAUGUCAGUGUUGCGCGACUAGAGGACGAGAUGGCUGAGGGUUAAAUUGAGGGAUAGGUUAGAGGUCAUGUUUUCAGAUUUGGGUUUGGGGUUCGAGUUUAUGGUUGAGGUUUCAUGAUCGGUUCAUAGGUGGGCAAUUUGGGGUUUUUGGGUUCGGUUUAGUGGUUAGAAUUCCGCAUAGGUUUAGCUUCAUGGGGUAGGAUACAGUUUUGCAAGUCGGGGGUUUAUGGUAAAACUUAUGCGAUUAGGGCUACGUUAGGUUUCGGGUUUAAUUUCAGAGUUGAGGCUUUACGCGGGUCACACCUUCCAGCUCCGAAGCUAAUAUUUGCGGCCUUUUAGCGCAAAUUCCCCCUGGCCUUGCCUCGCCCCUGCACUGGAAGCUAAUCUUCUCACAUUCCUGACCGAGGGAGUGAGGGGGCGAAAAAAAAAAAAAAAGGCUAUCUAAAGCGGGGGAAUGUGAAGUCCCUCAGCCCUCGUUAAAACGUUGCACAUUCCCCGCUUUAGAUAGACUUUGGUUUCCGCCAUCAGCCAAACUCCCCAAGUUUGCCUGGAAUGUGUUUUCGUAUGAAAUUGGAAUAAUGCCCGCUCUGGAAGAGGGUGGGGUGGGGGGAAGACCGCCUUGGUAGACUAAUCCAGUUUGGAAUCGUCGCUGUUGGUGUCAUCAGGGGGAUUAUCCACACGUAAAUUCUGACAUUUAACGGCUCGUUCCACUUCAUGCUUUUCCGUCAAACAAGCGCACGCACACACAAAA